UCUCUCUCUCUCUCCUGUCCGAUUCUUUUAGUCCGCGCCACCAUCCACCGAGCCACAGCCGCCGAUUCCCACCACCGCGAAACUCCUCCCUCCUCUUCUUCUUCCCGGAGAUCUCUACUUCUUACUUCUCCAGCUCCUCUCAGUCGGGUGGCGCUGGUUCGUCUUAGGAGAGUGGUGAACUGAAUAGAAGGCUCAUCUUGGUGCACAGAUGAGCAGAACUGAUGUUAUUUGCAGUAGAAGGAGGAGGGUUCUUCUCGUCUUCGGCUACUGGGUAUAGCAAGGGCUUGGCCCUUCUUCUCUUGGGUCACAGGGACGACGAUAAACCCAUGAGAGUUUCGCCGUGGAAUCAGUACCAGUUGGUGGACCAAGAAUCUGACACUCACCUCCAGCUGGCUUCCACGAAGAACCAACUUUCCCACGGUUGCGCCUCCUUUGUCUGCUUUGGUCGCGCUUCCGCAGGGCUUGACACUCCAUCUCCCCUUAAAGUGGGCCCUACUCAACAGCAGGAUGUCUUGCACGAGUCUGUUGCCUCUGACAAAGGCAAGGAUCAUACUGCUUCUCCUGAGGAGUUUCAUACUGCCAAAAAAGUUGUUCUCAAAAGUAGCUUGAAGAAGCCAUCAAAAAGGUUAUCAGUUUCUGUCGAGAGUUCUAAUGAACGUGAAAAAUCUAGUGAAACAAAUAGUCACAUUCUAGGCGAUGUAGAAAAAAGAAAGGUGCAGUGGACUGAUACUUGUGGGAGUGAGCUCGUUGAUAUCAGAGAAUUUGAACCCAGUGAAGCAGAUGGAUCAGAUGAUGAAUUCAACAAUGGGAAUGAAAGAAGUUGUUCAUGUGUGGUUAUGUAGAUUGGCUUGUACCUGAUGAUGAUUUGGGCGACUACUUUUUUGAUGCAACAAUGCAUCAGGUAACAUACCGCUACCAGCCUCUUUGGUUCAUUACUUAUUUCUGGAAGAAGAAAAGCGGUUUUUGAGUUGAUGCGGGAACAUCACAAUAGCAAGGAGUUUUUAUGGUUAUGCUCAUCACAUUGAAUAGUUCUGUCUAUAUCGGGUUUUUCUGUGGGUUUCAAUUUUGUCAGUCCAGGUUUGGGACAGCUUUUUGUUUAUUAUUUUCCAUGUGUGACUCCAUUGUUCAUUAUUUAUCGUAAUUAGUGUGCUUCUUUCCUUUUCA